AAGCGUACGCGCGUUUAUCUGUGGAUGUGCCUUUACGCAAAGCUUUCAAAAAAAAAAAAAAAAGAGAAAUCGAUUUUCGAGACCUUUCGCGCGUCGAUUUGACGCAGGGAAUCGAAUUUGAUAUCGAAGAUUCCAGACUCCGACCUUCGGAACGUGUCUGGCCGAUUCUAGCCUCAAAUUGACGUGCUCAACGUGAUGUGACAUAAUGAUUUACGUUUUCGUAAUGAGAUAAGCGGAAUUUUGAAGUGUCCACCGGAUAUUUCGCUGUAAAGCUGAAUAACGCUGAAAUAAUUAACGUAACAACGAGAUGGCGAGCUGCGUUAAUUCCACGUUAAACAACCUGCUGGCGUCGUACAAGAAGUGGAUCGUGGCGAAUCCGCAGCUACUGACGGAUAUCGAGGCUACCGUCAGAUGUUUAUCCUACUUCAGUUUUGGGCAAUUGCGCAAUUCGACCUUGGCCGUGGAAUUGAUUUAUUCCAUGCCGAAUCUGAUCGUGCUCUGCAACGACUUGCUUAUGUACAGCAGCAGGCGCCAGCACCUGAAGAUACCUCAGUUCGACUCCAAGAUUAAAAUCUGGCUCACCGUGGUGGAGUACACGGAGACGCUGCUCGAGGUGUCCGCCAAGAAGUUGUGGGGCCCAAAGGGAAAGUGGCUGAUGAUCGUAGUUAUACAAUUGUUCAAGUCCGUACUGCGACUGCUGUUAAUUCAUGUAUAUAAGGAACGCGUGACGAAAAGUCCAGCGACCCCGCCGCUCAACAGAGAGAAGUUCAAUAAAGUUAUCGACAGUGUGCAAUUGAGGGAGGGCUUUAUGCUGAAAAGAUCGGGCACCGUUGUCAGAAGUAUAAGACAUUCGGUUCCUGUAGACAUACGAACGUGGAAGGCUCUGCCACCUGUCACGGACGAGAAUGAGAAUCUGGCUAAGAAUCAGGAAUCCGAGAGGAAUCUUAAACUAGCCGAGAGUCUUUACGUGACAAAACCACUGCUUCAUCUCGGCUGCAUGUACAUUACCAACCAGAAACACUGGCCACCGUGGAUAUUGUCGCUUAUCAUCGAUAUAGCCAGUUUAAAUAUCUUCACUCGUUACGCCCGAAGAGAAUUAUUUAGCAAGGAUGAGGAAGAGGAGCUUGUGCGUCGAAGAUUGAGCUUGCUGCUGUACAUUUUGAGAUCGCCCUUUUACGACAAAUACAGCCGCAACAAGAUAAACUCGCUGCUCGACACGAUAUCUACCUCCGUGCCCCUCGCCAAGUACUUGACGAGUGCCGUUAAAAAGAAUUUACCGUAUAUGCAGAGUAUGUAUUUUUACAUGUGGUCGCGCUAAGUUUAGGCUACGAGAGACGAGAGCUGAAUUCUGUACAAAUACGAAAACAGCAUAAUCGUAAGCAUUCCAAUCUACUAAUAAUUGGGGACAUAAAGUAAUGUUAUUUUUGUACUUCUAUCUAUUUACAUUAUUCUAUCAUGAAUUCUGUUAUGAAUUCUAAGCGAUGAUGGUUGGUUUAUAACUAUUUAGUAUAUUUUAUUUCAUUAAUUUAUAGAAAUAAAUUAUAUAUGAAGGGCA